AUGGGGGGUUCGGGGCGUGCACUCAGCCUUGGCCACCGGGCGGGAGCGCGGUUGCACGGCACCGGCCCUCCGCACCGCUCCGCGCCUGCUCCGCGCCUGCGGGCUCGCUGUGCGGUGGGACCGAGAGCCUGGGGCUGCGGGGAGCAGAGGCUGGAGCGGGCGGGGCGGAGGAAGGCGGGGGGCUCUGACUGCCGGGCUGCGACUACAGCGGGAACCGUUCAAAAACGGGCGUGCUGCCCGGGGCCCGGCACACGGCGCUUCCAGCCCCGCUAUGCACGCACUGGCCGGGCCGCGGGCGCCGGCUUCGAGCCCGUCGCCUCUCCCCGCUUCAGCCGGCCGAGGAAAGGCUCCUUAGGCUCGAGCCAUUUGCAUUUCCCACCAGCUGCUCACUUCAGCCGCUCCGGCUCCGAGGGGGCCAGAGCCCGCUGCCGCCCUGCGCGGAGAAAGAAAGGCGCGGAGAAAGGCGCGGAGCAGCGGGCGGCCCCGCUCCGCGGCCGCGCUGCCAAGGCGGGCGCCGCAGUCUUCCCUGUCCAAAACAGAGAGAGCCUGGGGGUUGCGGGAAAGAUCCGCAACGGCGCGAGCAGUUUGCUUUCACCGGGGAAACACAAGUGCGGGGUGGGAGCUGGAAGUCCCGCUCGCUCCCGCUCCUCCUUCGGGUGCGCGGGGAAGCAGGAUUUCACCUGGCAGACGCUCCCAAGGACAGAAAUGCCGUUAGCCAAGGACACAGAUUUUUUUUUCUCCCUAGAAAAACUUCCAGACGAUUUCAUUUCUUGCAACCCCCUCCGCUUGCUGUGGCAACCACUGAGGCGUCUCUUUCAAAGGGCUUUUCCGUGCACGCCUGGAAGCGGGACCCUUGCGGGGGGGCUGGGUGGAGGGGCGAAGGGAAGCAGGGGAAGCAACGGAAUACAGAAAAGUUUGGGCUCUGGGAACUGGGUGUGCAGUGGAGGACCACAUAAACGGGAAACUUUCGGCUGCAAGAAGGGGACGGGAGUGGUAGUGCCGGAGAGAGGAUUUUUGAUCCGUUCUCUCCGUCUUCGGUGCGAGUAG